AUGGAUUUCCAAUCUGUAUCAAAUACUUUACUUGAAAGUGAUUCACUUCAACAAGUGCGAAGACGUACAUUUUCUCAUUGGCCACAUCGUACUGUUCCAUCAAGUACACAAAUGAUUGAAGCUGGAUUUUUUAAUUGCAAUGUUGAUGAUCGAGUAAUAUGUAUCUAUUGUAAUCGUAUUUGUCAACAAGGGACACCACAUACAGAUGAUCCAUGUAAAUUACAUAAAAUACUAUCACCUAAUUGUAUAUAUGUCAAAACAAGAUUGAUGCAUCCUAUAGCUUCAUCAAUAAUUAUUGUCAACGAAAAUUCACCGACAACAACAACAGGGAUUCUUUCGUCGAUAUCAAAUAAUCUCAGCUCAUUACGACCUACUAGUAACAUUGUAUUUAGAGCAUCGUGUAAUCCUGCUUAUUUCGAAAUACCAAAACGUUAUGCAUCAUUCACUACUUGGCCAAAUAAAGAUUUACCAUUGAUGAAUGAUUUGGUUCGAGCAGGAUUUUUCGUUACAGGUGCAGAAACCAUUGUUACUUGCUUUUAUUGUAAUGGAUCAUUACAAAAUUGGGGUUCAAGUGAUAAUCCAAUGAUUGAACAUGCUCGUUGGUUUCCAUAUUGUGGAUAUGCUAAACAAUUGUGUGGUGAAGAAUUAUAUCGUAAAAUUCAAGAAUCUAAAAGAAUACAACAAGAACGUGCUAGAGCUGAUGAAUUGAAAGAAAGAACAGGCUCAAAUGAUCUGGUAAAUACUAAUGUAACAACAUAUAGUGGACAAUUAUUAAUACCAGAUAUAAAGUACUUUAUCCAGACUCAUCAAAAUUUUAAAUUAUCUAUUAUUAAACGAUGUUGGGAAGAUCAAUUACGAAUAAAACAUGAUGACUUUGUAUCCAACUGUGAUUUGUAUGUUGCUUGUUUAAUUCUUCAAAAACAAAUCGAACAUAUUGAUGGUAAAAAAGAAAAUGUUGUUAUACCAAGUAUAAAAAUGAAACAAAUUCGAGAACACAAUGAGAGAGGAAUGCAUGAACAAACAUCAACUAUAUCUAAUGCAACUCAAUCCGUACAAAAUCGUACAGAUGUUAAUAUAAUUGCAUCAUCGCAAUCAUUAGCAAAUGAAUCUACAUCUUCUCAAUCUUCUAUUAUCUCUACAUCAAAAUCAACAAGCAAUAAAAAUGAAUGUGAAACCCAAACAAAUAAACAAAUAACUACUAUCAAUAAUCGAAGUCAAUCAACUAAUUCAGAAUCAUCGAAUCUUUGUGUUCUAUGUCUGACAGAAGAAAAACAAUUAGCUUGUAUACCAUGUGGUCACGUAGCAACAUGUGUUGCAUGUGGUCAUUCAUUGCGAUUGUGUUCAAUAUAUCGACGAGAAAUCGAUGCAUUUAUUAGAAUUUACAUUUAA